AUGCCGUCAAUGGAUAAAUUCAAGGCCUCUUUGGCAACAUCUGUCAUUAAGCGCGAGAAUGCAUUUUCUGCGGCAUCUACUCUUCUUAAAUUAAUAAAGGAUUUGACCACAAAAGUCGAUGUGGCCAACAUGUGUCUGGCUGAGUUGGUCAAAGUGGAAAAGACUUUCAGGGAGGCUGAUGAGUUAGUUGUCCAACUCAAUUCUCAGCUAGAGGAGCCUGGUCAGAUCGGUCCACCCUCAAAAUUCGAUGCAUUUUUUGAAAUUUGCCUACAUGUACGUGCCGCCCAUAGUCGUCUAACCGCAUCUACGUCUGUUAAGGCGCCAUCAUUGUCAUCUGCUGAGCUACCUAUUCCGCGGGUUGACCUGCCUUGCUUUCAGGGCAAGGUUGAGGAAUGGCCCGGAUUCAUCGCUCUAUUCGAUGCCUUAGUGCAUCAGAACAAUUCCCUGGCGCCCGUUCAGAAGUUUCACCUCUUGGCAUCUGCCAUCUCUGGUGAAGCAGCAUCUGUCAUCUCUGGCUUUCAAUUAAAUUCGGUGAAUUACCCCCUGGCCUAUCAAGCCCUUCACUCCCGGUAUCAAAACCCUCGUCGGUUGGCGAAUCUUUAUGUGAAUCAGAUCUUGGAUUCACGGCCCGCAUCUGUGUCUUCCUUACCACAGUUGAAGCAAUUCGUCACGACGCAUCCGAAUGCCAUUCAUGCCAUCAAGGCAUUACCCAUUUCAGAUCUGGCUGACUUGCUCUUGUUUUCUCUAGCAUUGCGCAACCUCGAUAUACCAUCUCGCCACUUGUUUGAGGGGCAGUUAUCCUCUGAUGACUUUCCCACUCUCGCUCAGUUGCUCGAAUUCACCAAUCGACAGUUGCGAGUGUUGGGGAGCACUUCCGUCACCUCAUCCAUUGCGCCGAAGGGAUCAUUAAGACCUCAAUCUCCAGCAGGCUCAGCAUCUGUUUCCCCAUCGUCUGUGCCUUCAUCCUCUGGUGUGUAUCCUUGCCGCCCUGCUUACGCUGGUGCGUGCCCUUCGUCGUCUUCCGCGUGUGUGUUUUGCUCGGCGAAUCUUUCUGUUCGCCAGUGUCGUCAGUUCAAGGCCAUGAACGUUUAUCAGCGACGAGCUUUCGUGACUGAAAGGCGACUAUGA